GCCGGGCCGGCGGGCCGCCUGCUGCCUCCUCCCGCCCCCGGGCCCCCGGCUGCCCCCGCUGCUGUGUCCCCGGCGGCUGGCCCGCCGCGUCCCCCAGCCCCGGCCUCCCGCGGACCAAUGCCCGCCCGCAUCGGGUACUACGAGAUCGACCGCACCAUCGGCAAGGGCAACUUCGCUGUGGUCAAGCGGGCCACGCACCUCGUCACCAAGGCCAAGGUUGCUAUCAAGAUCAUAGAUAAGACCCAGUUGGAUGAAGAAAACUUGAAGAAGAUUUUCCGAGAGGUUCAAAUUAUGAAGAUGCUUUGCCACCCCCAUAUCAUCAGGCUUUACCAGGUUAUGGAGACAGAGCGGAUGAUUUAUCUGGUGACAGAAUAUGCUAGUGGAGGGGAAAUAUUUGACCACCUCGUGGCUCAUGGUAGAAUGGCAGAAAAGGAGGCCCGUCGGAAGUUUAAACAGAUCGUCACAGCCGUCUAUUUUUGUCACUGUCGGAACAUUGUUCAUCGCGAUUUAAAAGCUGAAAAUUUGCUUCUGGAUGCCAAUCUGAAUAUCAAAAUAGCAGAUUUUGGCUUUAGUAACCUCUUCACUCCUGGGCAGCUGCUGAAGACCUGGUGUGGUAGCCCUCCUUAUGCUGCACCCGAACUCUUUGAAGGAAAAGAAUAUGAUGGGCCCAAAGUGGACAUCUGGAGCCUUGGAGUUGUCCUCUAUGUGCUUGUGUGUGGUGCCCUGCCAUUUGAUGGGAGCACACUGCAGAAUCUGCGGGCCCGGGUGCUGAGUGGAAAGUUCCGCAUCCCAUUUUUUAUGUCCACAGAAUGUGAGCACUUGAUCCGCCACAUGCUGGUGUUGGACCCGAAUAAGCGCCUCUCCAUGGAGCAGAUCUGCAGGCACAAGUGGAUGAAGCUCGGGGACGCGGACCCCAACUUUGACAGGUUAAUCGCUGAGUGUCAACAACUAAAAGAAGACAGAGAGACGGACUCCCUGAAUGAGGAUGUUCUCCUGGCCAUGGAGGACAUGGGACUGGACAAAGAGCGGACAUUACAGUCAUUAAGGUCAGAUGCCUAUGAUCACUAUAGUGCAAUCUACAGCCUCCUGUGUGAUCGACAUAAGAGACAUAAAACCCUGCGUCUCGGAGCACUUCCUAGCAUGCCCCGAGCCAUGGCCUUUCAAGCACCAGUCAAUAUCCAGGUGGGCAAUAACUCCAGUGACUUAGAUGAGGGAGAAGAGCCUUCCCCUGAAGCGCUGGUCCGCUAUUUGUCAAUGAGGAGGCACACAGUGGGUGUGGCUGACCCACGCACGGAAGUCAUGGAAGACCUGCAGAAGCUCCUACCUGGCUUUCCUGGAGUCAACCCGCAGGCUCCAUUCCUCCAGGUGGCCCCUAACAUGAACUUCAUGCACAACCUGUUGCCCAUGCAAAAUUUGCAACCAACAGGGCAGCUUGAGUACAAGGAGCAGUCUCUACUACAGCCGCCUACCCUGCAGCUACUCAAUGGAAUGGGCCCCCUCGGCCGGAGGGCAUCAGAUGGAGGAGCCAACAUCCAGCUGCAUGCCCAGCAGCUACUGAAGCGCCCACGGGGACCCUCCCCACUUGUCACCAUGACACCAGCAGUGCCAGCAGUUACCCCUGUGGACGAGGAGAGCUCAGAUGGGGAGCCAGAUCAGGAAGCUGUGCAGAGGUACUUGGCUAAUAGGUCCAAAAGACAUACACUGGCCAUGACCAACCCUACAGCUGAGAUUCCACCGGACCUACAGCGGCAGCUAGGACAGCAGCCUUUCCGUUCCCGGGUCUGGCCUCCUCACCUGGUACCUGAUCAGCAUCGCUCUACCUACAAGGACUCCAACACCCUGCACCUCCCUACGGAGCGUUUCUCCCCCGUGCGCCGGUUCUCAGAUGGGGCUGCAAGCAUCCAGGCCUUCAAAGCUCACCUGGAAAAAAUGGGCAACAACAGCAGCAUCAAACAGUUGCAGCAGGAGUGUGAGCAGCUGCAGAAGAUGUACGGGGGGCAGAUCGAUGAGAGAACCCUGGAGAAGACCCAGCAGCAGCAUAUGCUAUACCAGCAGGAGCAGCACCAUCAAAUUCUCCAGCAACAAAUUCAAGAUUCUAUCUGUCCUCCUCAGCCUUCUCCACCUCUUCAGACGGCUUGUGAAAAUCAGCCAACCCUUCUUACCCACCAGCUCCAGAGGUUAAGGAUUCAGCCUUCAAGCCCACCCCCCAACCACCCCAACAACCAUCUCUUCAGGCAACCCAGUAAUAGUCCUCCCCCCAUGACCAGUGCCAUGAUCCAGUCUCACGGUGCUGCGUCUCCUUCGCAGUUUCAAGGCCUGUCCUCCCGCAGCACAAUCUUCCAUCAGCAGCCUGAAAACUGCUCCCCUCCACCCAGCGUGGCACUAACCUGCUUGGGCCUGCAGCAGCCUACCCAGUCACAGCAGGUGACCAUUCAAGUACAAGAGCCUGUUGACAUGCUCAGCAACAUGCCCUCCGCAGGCUCCACUGGGCGGGGCCUCUCCAUCAGCCCCAGUGCCAGUCCGAUUCAGAUGCAGCACCGUACCAACCUAAUGGCCACCUUCAGCUAUGGGCACCGGCCCUUGUCCAAGCAGCUGAGCGCUGACAGUGCAGAGGCUCACAGCUUGAACGUGAAUCGGUUCUCCCCUGCUAACUACGACCAGGCGCAUUUACACCCCCAUCUGUUUUUGGACCAGUCCCGGGGUUCCCCCAGCAGCUACAGCCCUUCAACAGGAGUGGGGUUCCCUCCAACCCAAGCCCUGAAAGUCCCUCCACUUGACCAAUUCCCCACCUUCCCUCCCAGUGCACAUCAGCAGCCGUCACACUAUACCACAUCGGCACUACAGCAGGCCCUGCUGUCCCCCACGCCUCCAGACUACACAAGACACCAGCAGGUACCUCACAUCCUUCAAGGACUGCUGUCUCCCCGGCAUUCGCUCACUGGCCAUUCGGACAUUCGGCUGCCCCCAGCAGAGUUUGCACAACUCAUUAAAAGGCAGCAGCAACAGCGCCAGCAGCAGCAGCAGCAACAGCAACAGCAGCAGCACGAUUACCAAGAAUUGUUCAGGCACAUGAACCAAGGGGACGCGGGGAGUCUGGCUCCCAGUCUUGGGGGACAGAGCAUGACAGAGCACCAGGCUUUAUCGUAUCAAAAUGCUGACUCGUAUCACCACCAUCACACCAGCCCCCAGCAUCUGCUACAAAUCAGGGCACAAGAAUGUAUCUCCCAGGUUUCCUCCCCCACCCCGACCCACGGGUACGUUCAUCAGCCGACACUGAUGCAUUCAGAGAGUAUGGAAGAGGACUGCUCACGUGAGGGGGCCCAGGAUGGCUUUCCAGACAGUAAGAGCUCAAGUACACUGACCAAAGUUUGCCGUGAUAGCCCCCUGCUCUUGAGCACUGGUGGACCUGGGGACCCUGAAUCUUUGCUAGGAACUGUGAGUCAUGCCCAGGAAUUGGGGAUACAUCCCUACGGACAUCAGCCGGCUGCUGCAUUCAGUAGAAAUAAGGUGCCCAGCAGAGAGUCUGUCAUAGGGAACUGCAUGGAUAGAAGUUCUCCAGGACAAGCAAUGGAACUGCCAGGCCACAAUGGGUUCGGGUACCCAGCACGUCCCUCAGUACAUGAGCACCACAGGCCUCGGACCCUCCAGAGACACCACACGAUCCAGAACAGCGACGACGCCUACGUACAGCUGGAUAACUUGCCAGGAAUGAGUCUCGUGGCUGGGAAAGCGCUCAGUUCUGCCCGGAUGUCAGAUGCAGUUCUCAGUCAGUCUUCACUCAUGGGCAGCCAGCAGUUUCAGGAUGGGGAAGAUGAGGAGUGUGGGGCAAGUCUGGGAGGUCAUGAGCACCCAGACCUGAGUGAUGGCAGCCAGCAUUUAAACUCCUCUUGCUAUCCAUCUACGUGUAUUACAGACAUUCUGCUCAGCUACAAGCACCCUGAGGUCUCCUUCAGCAUGGAGCAGGCGGGCGUGUAACAGGAAACAGAGUUUUGUGUACAGCUUGGGAAUUAAGAGGUUGAUUUUAAACCAACAGUAUCUAGCAGCGUCGCGCCAAAUUGCCAUUGUGUUUCUCUCCACCCUGAAUAUCAUGGCUCCUAUCCUCACAUUCGGUUCCUCGGUGUGCUGUUCUUUCGGGUUCUGAGGGGAUUUUGCCGUAUUCGCUUGUAUGACCAAGUCAUCCAGGAAAUAAACAGGAAAUCCGUGUUC